GUAUUUUUACCCCUGUUCAAACUAAAGAACAGCUCUGUCGAGUCAGUUUGAAACAGAAUGUCAGGGCAGCUGUACCACACCAUCAGUCAAAUCACAGAUGAGCUCAGCACUGAAGAAUGCAAGCAGAUCUCUUACCUGUGUGGGGCUCUUGAUAUGGACAUGUUCUCUGCUGAUCCCAGAGGAAUGUUACAAUCUGUGUUGUGCCAAAUGAGGAUGGAUUAUGUGUUCCUCAUGGAGCUCGUUCUGAAAAUAAAACGCUACGAUCUGCUGAGAGGAGUGCUGAUGACCAGCAAGAGUACGGUUGAGGGAAUGUUAAAACAUGGACAUGCUGUACCUGAAUACAGAUUACUGAUGGCUGAUGUCAGUGAGGAGAUGGGCACUGAAGACCUGAAAUCAUUGACAUUCUUACUGAGAGGCACUUUACCGAAACAUAAACUGGAAAACGUCCAGAGUUUUCUAGACAUUGUGGUGGAGCUGGAGAAGCUCAACCAGCUCUCUAGUGAGAAAAUGGACAUGAUCGAACACUACCUGAGGUCCAUUCACAGGGCUGAUCUGGCUAAAAAGAUCAGCCGUUACCAGCAGAGAGGACUAAUGACAAACCAAGGAACUUCCCCUCCAGACAGACUGCAACUCGGCAGAUGCAGAAAUGCAUUGCCGAACAAUUCAUCAGUUUCCUGCAAUGUUAAGCAGGUUCCCAAAUUCUGUGAUAAGAUGACCGCUGUGAAGAAAGAAGCACUUAGCUCCUGUUGUCAGAAGGAUGAAGAAUACAGUAUGCAGAGUGAUCCCAGAGGAGUGUGUUUAAUCAUAGACUGUGUCGGCACUGAAGGAGACCAGCUGGCGAAAACAUUUAAGGGCUUACACUUCCAUGUGAUCAUACACAAGCUGCUGAGUGUCAGAGAUGUGCUGUCCACUCUGACGGAAGUGGCCCGACAGCGGGAUCACUACAGGGCAUGUGUGUUUGUUUGCUGCAUUAUCAGCCGAAGUCUCUCAUCAGACCUGCUGGCCACUGACUCCCACGGCCCAGGAUUGAACCUGGACACAGUCAGGCACCUGUUCACCCCAAACUCCUGCCCUGGCCUGGCAGGCAAGCCUAAACUCUUCUUUAUCCAGAGCUAUGAUGUGUCAGUGCCUCAGGGGUAUGAUGGAUGUACAGGGUGUGGAGAUCAGGGAGAUUUGGAGACAGACGGGACUGUGCUGUUCUGCAGGGCAAGGACUGUCCCAGCUGAUGCAGACAUUUUCUGGAGUCAUUGCUGGACUGGAGGGAAGAAACUGGAGAUACCAAACCACCAGUCUGUGUAUCUGCAAGCUCUGCGAUCCUCCUUAACUGAGGGACAGAAAAGGAGGACUCAUUUGGUAGAUAUACACAUGGCAGUGAAUCGUGAAGUAUAUGAGCACAAUAAGAAAUCUGCAGAAUCCUCUUGCUAUUUAAAUCUGAGACACACUCUGAGGAAAAAUGUCUAUUUGUCAUGAUUCUGAACACUUAUGUUUAGACAUGAGUGGGGUUAUACAUAAGUAAAUGUUGAUGUUGAUGCCAACUCCAACCAUAAGACAUGGAAUACUUCAUAUGCCACUGCCUGAACCUUGGAUUUAGGAUAGACCUCACCAAAAUGACCUGCCGGUUGAACUGCAGUUCACCUCACUGAUCUCUGCCAGCAUCACCUUGGUCUAAUGAUGGACUACACUCUUAUAAUGGAAUACAUCAACUAUCAAUUAAUUGCCAACAAAAGCCUUCAUCAGCCAACUAACCAAGGACAAUGCAUCAAUGUGAACUUCUGCAGUUCAUCCAGGAUGUACUUCAGAGACAUUAGUCAUUAAUCUUACAGUUCAUAUAAAAUCUUUGUUUUAAACACUGACCCUUAACACUUACUUAGUUUAAUAAUUUUAAACCAUGACUUGCACUAUACAUAAGUAAUGUUGGCAUUAUAUUCAUGAUGUUAGCCAGAGGGGAACUGGCCCCCUCAGUGAGCCUGGUUUCUCCCAAGGUUAUUUUUCUCCAUUAACCAACAUCUUAUGGAGUUUUGUGUUCCUUGCCACAGUCGCCUUCACAAUACAAUUAUAAUUUAAUUAUUUAAUUUUUAUACACAAUUUACAAUUAUAUUUAAUCAAACUACACAAUGAUCACUCUAAGACUUUAUAAAUGUCACAGUUUCAAUUUUUGUUAAUGCAUGAUUUUCUGUAAAGCUGCUUUGAAACGAUGUGUGUUGUGAAAAGCGCUACAAAUAAAGAUGACGGCUUAAAGGUAUAUGUUUAUAAAAGAACAUGUACAAUGUCUAACUUUAAGUAAUAUCAUAAUGAUGUUAAUAUGAAUUGUAUCAAUUAUAAUUUGCAUCAUGUUAUAUUGUUUCAAUAAAUG